ACGACAGGCGUUGUUUGGUUCUAUCGUUUACAUGUAGCUAUUUAUACAUACUAGGUAACUUUGUUGAGCAGUGACGAUUUCGAAAAUUGUGUUCAGUCGAGGGUGUGAUAAGGCUACAAAGAUACAGAAUGUCGACCGAAGGUGCAGAUAAAGUUGGAAUGUCAUUAGAUGAGAUAAUAAAGAUGAACAAGAAGCCCGGAUCGAAAAGAGGUAGAGGCAGAGGUAGAGGAAGAAUGCGUGGAAGAGAACGUGCAUCUAGCUCUAGAGGCAGAGGUGGUAGAGGAGGAAGGGGCCAGAAUGUUAGAGGCACCAGAGGUCGAGGUAGAUCCUUUCGUGGAAGAGGUAGAGGAAGGGGUGCAUCAAAAAACAUGGACACCUCGGAAAGUCCGAUUCGAUCAUCGUCUGCUGGAGAACAUGUAGCUCGUGGUAGAGGUAAAGGAAGGGGAAGAGGCAGAGGACGUGGACGUGGGGCAGGACGCGGUGGAACCCAAAAUAAGACAGCAUCGGCUGCACAAAUUGUGGCCAGGAAGCGAGUAGUAGCUGCAACUAGAAGACGAAUGGGUCGUGGAUCUAAGACUGUUCAGCCUCAAGCUGGCAGUCGUGUUAAGGAUGCUCGACAAAAAAUAUUAGCUGCUCAAAGGGGUCUUCAAACAAGCGGAAUGAGAGAGUCAGUAGGAGGAAUGCGAUCAGAUGCAAUUGUAAGAGGCCAAAGAGGAAGAGGUAGAUCCAGAGGAAGAGGACGUCUCAUGACUGUUAACAUAAACAACACCAAACCAUCAAUUGAUGUGCAGCUCAACUCACGAAACUGGAGAGGAAGAGGAGCAAGAGGACGUGGUCGAGGAAUGAGGGGGAGAGGUGCCAGUCCAAGAGGAGGAGUACAAGAUAGAACAAGAGGACGAGGUAGAGGUCGACGAGGAGGCCGUCUCAGUAGGGGUAGUAUUACUAGAAUAAAGCAACAAGUUAUGGAGCUCAGCUCAAGAGGUAGUCGGUCAGAAAAUUUCUCAUACAAACGAAGCGAUUUUGGUCGAGCCCACACCGGGACAAGUUUAAACGACCGUUUCUCUGAUGGAUCUCAGCCAAAAGGUCGAGGUGGUCGAUUCGUCUUGCUUUAA